AUGUCGGGCCCACGCGUCACUGUGACGCUUGUCCCCCUUUUCGAAGACACCCAUCCCCUGCGUACCCUCACCAUCAACGAUAAUGAUAAGACCGUGUCCAUCGGACGUGCCUCGAAGCGUGAGACUCGAAAACGGAGUCCCGCAGAAGAGAACGCUUGGUUUGAGUCUCGGGUGAUGUCUCGUGACCAUGCCUUUCUUAACAUUCCACCGGACCAGAAUGUGGUUUUCAUUACUGACUGUGGCUCAACGCACGGAACAUACUUGAAUGAUACCAAGCUGGUGACGGAUGUGGAUACCCCGCUGUCCAGUGGAGAUAUCAUCCGAUUUGGUGUUGAUGUCGACCGUGGUCAGGAGGUGUUUGAGGCCAUCGAAGUCCGGUGCAAGGUUCAGUGGCUCAAACCCCAGCAUGUGGCCAUUCCAAAUGAUAGCAUUGCUAUCAAACUGGAUCCAAGUCCGUCAACCAACAGUUUCUCUGUCCCCGAAGACGAUAGCGAUGUCGAGGCUGCCGAUAUUCUCCGUGAUGACUCCUCUCAAGAGUCGGUUGCUCGAUCGUGGGAAACUACUGUUUUGCAGCCUGUCGAGCCAUCCCUAGUCUCUCCUGUCUCGGAUGUCCAAUGCGACGAACAUGCAAAGGACGAGCCGGAGCUCCAUUGGGGAGAUUUGUCUUCUACCGAGGGGUCUAUCGCAAAGGCUGUGCCCGAUACUACACCACUGGUCCCGGAUCUUCCUAGUCCGCUGUCUGAUACUAAUUCGGUCUCUGAAACUAAACCAUCUCCCGCCAAACCAGUCUCAGAUACCGAAAUAUGUCCCGCGAAGCAUGCCUCUGCCGAACUUCCAUCUGCUCAACCACCACACGAGGCAGAUAGUCUCCCUGCAGUCUGUUACCAGAAAGUACCGGAAAUCGAAUACAGCGAUUGGACCAUGAUGCGGCCAAUGUUCAUGCGCCUGGCAGACAUGGCUUGGGGUGAAUCUAAUAUCAUACCGGACGUUGACCAUGACAGACGCAUUAUUCACGCUGCACGCCGUUGUUCUCUUUCCAAAGAUUCUUACUGGGUAGACGACUCCCUUAGCUUCAAGCCUUGCAUUGGGACAGAAGUCUGUUGGGAGCCUGACUCCGAGGAAUCAGACACAUCAUUCCAUCGUAUGCCCGGCAGCCUCCUUAGGUACUGGUCAGUCGAUAAACGAAGGUACUGGAUCAUCUACGAAGACGAAGACGACCAGGAUAUGAGCAAUUGGUGGUGGAUCGUUGAGAAGCCAGAGGAGCUUCUCAGCGAGGAACUGAAGGAGGAGCUCGAGACUGAAUCCGAGGUUGAUGACUGCCACAAAUGCUGGGUCGUGAGGGCUUGGGAGCCUCAAAUGAUCGGAGAUCGAUGGUGCGAGCUGACUCCUUACUGGGAUCCGAAAUUUUACCAUGAACACAUGCUCUCUGAAGACGAGUCUGUUGAUUCAGACGAAGAGGCCCAGGGCAGUGAGGGAUACGGGUCUGAGUCAGAUGGUCUCAGUGAUGGGAUCGAGGACUACGGCGAAUAUCCGUAUGAGAUGUACGACGGCGAAUCGAUUCAUGGGGCCGACUAUGAGGUGCCGACACAAGACUUUGACGAAGAUGAUGAAGAGGAAGAUGACAACGAGGACCUGGAGGAAGAUAAUGAGGUCUCCGAUGAAUCCGAAAACAACUCUGAUUGUUCCUCUGGGGACGAACGUCUUGAAACCCGUAUUUUGCAGAAGCCUGAUUUCCGCCCCUUGCUUGAUCUGGAGUAUUUGAAGGAACUUAGACACGCCAACCCCACUGAUGCCGUCGAAGUUUCCAAACAUCUACCCGAAGAGACUGACACAGGACCAUUGUACCAGGAGGCUCUAGGGGGUCAGUCAGUGAACCCCGCACAGAUCGAGAGCAACCCAUUGAUGGUACCUGCCCUUGGUAUGACAAACCCAAGUGCUCGGUUCCCGACCUAUGCUGUUUCCGGUGAGCUGCCAAGAUCAUGCCAAAACAAAUACCCACCAAUGCAACGGAAGAUUGAGAGCACUGUUGGGGUUCCGUCUUUGUCCCAUGAAUUCGAAAAUCGCUAUCAUGAUGGACCGUUCUCGACCAGUGCUUCCGUGGAAGAUACCUCUGUGCCAUACCUGGUAACAUCUAGGACAUCAAAUUUGAAGCGUACUGCAACAGAGAUGCAAUCGUCGUCUCCUGAACCCAGUCUUUCUCAAGAUUCUCAGCGGCUGCCUGUAGAACCAGCCAGUCAGCCAGAUCUCAACCCCAACACUAUUCCCUCCGAAGCCAAGGAUGCGAUCAGCUCUGCACUUGCCGAGAAUGUCUCUGCAUUUGCAGAGAAUGCAAAUGCAGAGGAUGAGCGUCCAGCAAAACGAAUCAAGUCUAAUCACUCAACCUCAACGUCCUUGGCAAGCCACGCCACCACAGCUGUCGUCAGCGCUCUGCUGGGUGGUCUGGGAACUAUCGCUGUGCUAGCAGCCUUGCCCAAUGAAUACUUCCAGUGA